AUGGAAGAAGAAGAUCUCUCAUUUCCACCUCUACGCAUUCCAGACAGGAUUUUCGCGGUGGACCAUGAACCAGUCGGCGUUAGAGUAACGCCAUACCACAAACCCUAUGCCAUUAGGAAAAUACUCAACGCUCUCGAUCCUGAAGAAGUAGACACCAUCAGGGGCUCAUCGUUCGGGAAGCUUAUUGAGAUUGGGGAGAAGCCUUCUUUCUCCGGACGUUUUGGCCGUUUCAUAAUCUCCAGGCAGCUAUUAGUCUCAAGCAAACACGAAGCUUGGUUCAUCUUCGCAGGCAAACCUGUACGUUUUUCUCUUCGAGAGGUCGCCUAUGUAACUGGGCUAAACUGUCGCAAGCUUCCCAAACACACAAAAAAAAGAGCCAAGAAAAUUAUCUCGGAAAAACCAUACUGGGGGGAGCUUUUUGGGACACUGAAGGAGGUCCCCGUCACUUCUGUUGUAAGAAUGCUAAAGAAAAGAACCGUCAAAGAUAGCUGCAUUCGUGUGAAAUACGCUCUAUUAGCUUUACUAGCUGCUGUUAUUCUACCAACCACACACACACCACGUAUCUCACAAGAUCACGCAGAGCUUAUCAAAGACAUAGAUGAUUUCUUUGCAUACCCAUGGGGCAGAGUAUCCUUUGACAUGCUCAUGAGUAGUAUUAAAGAGAGGAAGGAGGUUUCACUGUCGCAAAACACCAUUGCUCUGAAAGGAUUUGUGCUUUCACUACAGCUUGUAAUGGUCGAAGCCAUCCCCGCUCUAACAGAGGUUGUCAACGAUGGAUCCUCAUCUGGCUCAGAAAGUGACGGCUGUGAGGAAUAUGAUCUAGUAGAUGAAGAUAAGAAUGGGAAGCAGAGCCUCAGCCCGGGUCAUGCUCGCGUCAUCGACGCAGCUGGAGAGGUCGCAGUUCAUUCUAUAAUAGUAGAAUACAAAGAACACUUCAAAGCGUCACCUGAUCUUGGCUGGUCGGACGACGUGGAGGAUCCUAUCGUGGACAAUUUGAUGAGUCUACUCGAGCAGCAAUUUCCCUUCAACAAGUCAAGCUUUAGCGGCGGCGUAACUAAGCUAGAGGUCAAUAGGAUGCGCGAAGAUGCAAAAACAGAGGCAAUUAACCGGAAAACAGUGAAGCCAAAGCAGACAAAACAGACAACAACCUCAGAGGUCAUAGAUGUUGAAUCAGUUGCAUCGAUGGUCAGAGACAAAGUUAGAGAAGAUCUUUCCCGGAUUGAGAGGCAAUUAAGCACGCUUUCUGAAUCUUUCAUCACCUUCCAAACCAAUGUCCUAGAAAGCAUCCAACAAUUGGUUCGUAAAUUGGAGGUUUCUUCUGGCCAGAUACCAGUUAGCUCUUCAGCGCAGACUGAAAAUGUUUCCAAUGUCGCUAGAGAUGGCCAACAUCGAGAGAUCAUGCGCACUUCACCACACUGUGGCCUGAACGGAGGACAAGGGAUUCAGCCAGUGAUACACACUGGAAAUCAGACACAGUGCGACAGCCAUGAAGAGAUGAUAACUGACCAUCCCCCCGUUGCAAUCCUAUUCUCAAAUCAAGUUGCCAGUAACACAUCCGCAUCGUUGGUCGUUGACAAUCCCCCACCGCCAUAUUCCCUUGGCCGUGAAGGAAAAGUUGCUGAUCAUGGGCAAAGUUCAGCAGAUAUGAACCUUGACCCUGAGUUACUAUUCACAAAACCAACCUUCUCCCUAGGUCUAACUCAGGAGGAACGUCCACACCUGAAAGAGACUGUCACUGAAGGGGUUAGCAUGUGUGAAAAUGAUGUUGAUCAUAGUCAAAGCUCACUAGAUACGAAUCUUGACCAUGAGUUACCAUUCCCAAAACCAACCUUCUCCCUAGGGCUAACUCAGGAGGAACGCCCGCACCAGAAGGAGGCUGCCAUUGAAGGUGAUACUACGUGCGCAAAUGCUGCUGGCAAAGAAAUUUGCGAACAGGAUGAUCAGCUGGGUGCCUGCCGGAAAAGUAAGAGACUUAAGGCCCUACCCAAGUCUCUGGUGGGACAGUAUGAAUGCGACAUGCAUCUCCUCAAUCGGGCCCGAGUAGCAUUUGUAGAUCCCGACAACACAGGCGGGAACAUUGAUUACGCUGCUAAGUUCUCUUCCCUCCUCGAUAAACUGAAGACACCAUUUACAAUACACAUUGGCCAAUCAACGCUAGAGAGCAAUGACCUAAAUGAGCUUGUUCAAAGAUCCUCUCCCUUGCCACGAAAGUUCACAGUUUACGCUAAACUCACCCCCAAACCAGUCCAACCAAUCUGUGUUCAUGGACACUCAGUUUGUUUCCCAGCUCUUGUCAUGUCCCCGUUCCUUGAACUUGACAUGAGACAUAGACGUUUCAACAGAAACGAGACUGCUUUGGUUCAGAUCAUGGGAAUUGAUCGUGAACUAGCUGUAAUGAAGUGA